GACGGGAGGGGUGUUGGCCAAUCUUGCAUGUGUGGCCCUCGGCAGCAGCCUCCCUGGCAUGGGGGUGAAGCAGAGCCUUCGGAGCGGGGGCACCUUGCUGGGCUUGUUGGCCCAAAUCCUCACGAUUCUCUCCACUGCCACCAACUACUGGAUCCGCUACCCCGGGGGCCACAGUGGUCUCUGGCAGGAGUGUAAUGGCCGCACCUGCUCCAACAUCCCCUGCCAGAGUGAGGCCCUGCCCGCCCUGAUGUCCCCCACUGGACAGACAGCCCCCAGCACAGGCCACAGCUGGGCACAUCCUGCGGCGCCCCCACCCUCGCCCCUCCCACUCCAGUCUCAGGUCCACCUGCUCCCCCGCGACACGAACCCCCACUUCGGGACCUACUUCCCUGUUGCGACAUUAACUGCCCCUCAUGAAGUAACUUCCAAGUUCCCAUCCAAACCGUCAACUCUGCUCCCAGCCCCGUACCGGCGGGUCGGGGUGGUGGCCAGGGCCGGAGCCAGCGCGGGGCUGAGGCGGCCGCUCUCCCCAGCCAUGCUGGCGGUGACCGGGGCGUGCAUGGUGCUGGCGGCGGCCUCCGGCGUCAUGGGUUUUGUGAUGGGGCUGCGGAUUCUGUGCCACGAGGGCGACUCGCGGGGCCAGACUACGAGCGGCAUCUUCUUCCUCUACGGCUUGCUGCUGCUGAUCGCCUUGACAGGCUACACCGUGAAGAACGCGUGGAAAAACGACGUCUUCUUCUCGUGGUCCUAUUUUUCGGGGUGGCUGGCUUUACCCUUCUCUAUUUUCGCGGGUAACCUGGACAGCGGGAAGAGGGUGGAGGAGACUGCCCAGAGGAGCCCCUUCCCCGCAGACUCCCAGCCGCCCUCCCAGGGACUCCUCAACACACUCCGCUCCCGACUCCCGCAGACCCGGCAGGGGCGCCCUCGGGGCCCCAAACCCCAGUCCCCGGGGCGCUCCCGGCCAUCUGCCCCAGGACCCACCGUCCCCCACCCGCCCUCCGCUCCCCUCCCGCCAGGCUUCAGCUUUCUGCUGGCGGACAUGAUCAUGCAGAGCACGGAUGCCAUCAGCGGAUUCCCCGUGUGCUUGUGACCGCAGCCUGGGGCAGAAUAAAGGAACGGCUUUCACC